AUGGAUAUUUUCAAUUGUCAUUAUUGUUCAAUAUCUCCGUUCGAUUAUAUUUUAGAAUUAAUAUAUGGUGAAAAGCCAAAUAAAAACGAUGAAAAAAAAAGUUCCGUUGUGACAUACGAUGAUACCAGUAGUAACCCUGUAUCUCAAGUGAUAUCAAAAGUGGGGGACCCAGUAGAAAAAAGAACAACAAAUGAAGUUCUCCUUUUAUGUAGAGCCUGGGAAAAUUACGUUCACCCUAGAGCCAAAGAAUAUUGGAAAGAUUCCCAGCAACUCCAAAAUAUUUUAUGUAAAAUUGCAAAUGGCAUUACAAAAAAUGACGAUCCUAUUUUAGGCGAUGAUUAUGCGUGUGUUUUUUGGUACGGAGAUAAAAAUAAAAAUGACAAUUGUCCUAUCAUAUCAGUUAAAAAAGGGAAUGAUAAUAUAGAAACGAUAACGUAUGUUAACAGGGUUCUUAUUUUUCUAUACGCAGAUGAAGCAAGUUUUCAGGAGCUGCAAAAAAAACCUAAAAAGGCGUUCACGAUGGCAUGUGGAAAUAUUAACUGUAUCAAUUUGACACAUAUUUCUUUGGACGAUUAG